GACAACUUAGCAGUCAGUCGAAAGAUCUUGCGCAUGGAUGUCGCGUCGCGAGUUUUUCGCCCCGAAAACUUUAUUGAAUCGAAAUCAAACGAAAAUCACUUGUAAAUGAAUUUGAAAGGGGAAAUAUUAUCGAAAAAGUGUGUUAUUUCUGUGUCGUAGUGUCGUUUUGUGGAUGUUGUUAAGUGUAUCGAAGUGCAUUCUUUGGUGAUUCAUCUCGUUCAAAGAAAAUCUGUUUGUGUCAUAGUUGUAGAUGUAUUGGCUAUAAAAAUUAUGUGUAGUGACGAAAGAAUUCUGUGAACUUCUUUUUUGGAUCCCAUGCAACGGUGUAAAAUGAGGAGCCUCUAGCGUAAGGUUGAUGUCGAUGAACACCUUAAAGCUAAGGCAGCUUUGAUAAUACUUCAUAGGCGACUCUUCUGAAGACCUAUCCAGAUGAAGUAGUUCCCGUUGAUACCACGACGACUAUAAGAUUCAAACAUGGGGGUGGCGCUGAGAAACUUUCUAGUUUUGAACCUGGUGCUCGCUACAGCUGCAGACUUCACCGCCAACUGUCCGCAGGAAUGCAAAUGCGUGUGGGCAAGUGGCAACAAACAAGCAGACUGCUCCCACGCUAAGUUGCAGGAAAUCCCCAAAACUCUCAGCAACGAAAUACAAAUCCUAGACCUAACUGGCAAUGAUCUGUACGAAAUCACCCGCCACGCUUUUGAAGACGUCAGAUUGAUCAAUCUAAAGAAACUCAUCAUGAAAGACUGUAAACUCCUAACGAUACAGAAAAAUGGCCUGAGUGGUCUCGCCAUCAUGAUCGAAUUGGACCUAUCGAAAAAUUCUUUAAAAACAUUACAACCCGACUUAUUUAGGGAGACUGUGAAAAUUAGAUGGAUUCUACUGAACGAUAAUCAACUUGAGAAACUCGACGAUGGUUUAUUCAAUAAUUUGCCGUUUUUGCAGAAAGUCGAUUUGAGUAACAACAGAAUCGUCCAAGUUGGAGUCAAGACGUUCAUGAACUUGCCAAAGAUAAAUAUUUUGAGGCUCGACGGCAACAAACUAGAGUACAUGAAGAUCGACACGCUAAGCUCUUUAACUUCACUUUCAAACUUAGACGUUCACGAUAACCCUUGGCGAUGUGAUUGCUAUUUACAACCUUUUAGAAACUGGGUUAUUAGCAAAAACUUAUUCACAUCGCCUAUAUCUUGCGCUGAACCUGCUAAAGUUCAUGGAAAGCUCUGGAAGGACCUGGAUUCCAGCGACUUUGCUUGCAGGCCGAGCAUUGUCACUCCAUCUUCAAGCACCACUAUAAGGUCAUCUGAUACGAACAUCACUCUAUCCUGUCAAGUUGACGGUAACCCUCUCCCUGAAGUCAACUGGGUAUUGAACGCUCAAAUCAUUGACGGAACAUAUCGCUACCAAGGAGAACUCAAAUACUAUAUUACACAAGCGAGUAUGGAAAACAGCAAAUGGGUGAAUUUAACCAUUGUAGAUGCAGGUGUAACUGAUAAUGGGGAUUAUUUGUGCGUGGCGAAGAACUCCGGUGGAGUCGAAGAAAGAAGUUUGACUUUAGCAGUAACACAUACAACUCCAGGCAUAGUCGUUCCGACUGGGAUGGAUAACAAUAUGCUGCCAGUUUUAAUUGGUGUUUCAUGUACAGCGGCGAUUUUGCUUAUAAUUUUAGUGAUUUUAUGUUACUGUUGUUGCUGUAGACGACGAAGCAAUGAUAAGAAGAAGGCGGAUAAUUCUAAUGGAGAGGCGUUGAUUGAAGGUUCGGUGAUACCUGAGAUGGAGAAGAGUCUGAUAACGGCUGUGAAUCCGGUGACGAAGCCGCCGAGGAGAUACGACGUUCCUCCGUCCAUCACCAGCGCUGGGACUGAGAUGUCAGAGCUAAACAAGACGUUGCUGGACAACGAUUCAGUUUUUGCUCACAAUGACGAUGAGAAGCGGUCGCUGGAUUUCGAGCACCAGAAGAGGUCUCAGGAUGCUCUUAAUGUGGAGUAUGGGCGUGUGGAUGGGCGGGCAUAUCCUCCAGAUCUUCUGUCCUUCCCUGCAAGGGCUGCUCAGAUUUCUCCAGCAGCAAGCAACGCUUCAACUGUCCCCGACACCACGAGACUGCCACCACAACUGAAUCCGGUCAGCCCGAUCCAUUCCCCCAUAUACGGCAUGACGACAAACCAAAAUCUUUUCCGGACACUGCCUUAUUCAAGAUCGCAAUCACCAUUCACGGCACCUAUUACUCCUCCCGUCGUAACUCCAAGACAAGGUUACGUCACUAUUCCUAGACGACCUAGAGUCCCAAGCUGGUCGAGUACAGCAAGCACACAGAUACUACCAAGCACAGAAGCUCAAGAACCAUUGUAUGACAACCUGGGGUUACGAACUACUGCUGACGGCAGUUCGGUGUUGUCGUUGAACAAAACAGGAGUGGAACCACAAUUUUCUCCGAUGCGAAACAGGCCUCUACCUGCUACUCCUCAAGUUUACGCGACACAUCCAAUAUUUUACGCUCCAAUCGAAGAGCAGGAGCCAGCACCCUCCCCUGUGCCACCACACACUCCUCAUCAUGCGGGGAACAGAAACAGCAUAACAUCCCAAAUGUCUUCUCAGUUAUCGACACCUGGUCCACAGGAACCCGUGAACAGGAUGAGUUGGACUGCCAAAAAUACUUCGACACCCCAAGCGGAGCCACGAAAGCUAUUCAACGAUAGAGGUGAUAACGUUUCGCAUGUUUCCGACUCGAGCACUUUAAGUCGAAAGGGGAAACCGGAGACUGGUUCGUUGAGAAGACCUCAAAGGGAAGACGAUAUGCCGAAAUCGCCUUCGAAAGAUGACUCUAGGAACGAUGUGUCUGUAGGUUCUGUGAACCAGACAGGGACGUUAGGGAGGAGUGGUAAGAUUCCACCUAGGCCUCCACCGAAGCCUAAGAAGAAGCCUAACCCCGAAGUGAGUACGACCGAGCCAUUGUUUGAAGACGAAGGCGAGGAUGGUACAGAAGUGUAACUAAUAGACAACACUACCAAAGUGCCAAUGAGCUUGCGAUUUGAGUGAUAUCAGUGACUAAGUGAACAAUUUAAUUUGUUUCGGUGCUCGCGUGAAUAACGUUCAGUGCUAGAUUUUUUACCUUUUACGUACAAUUAAACAAUCAUAUGGACCACUUUGUAAAAGUUUCUAAGUGUAAGCCUAGAUGUAUGCCAUGAAACUAUGAGUUUGUACACUAUACGUUGUGUAUGUUAAGUAUUUAUUAUUUGUAUACGUUACUGCUAAGAUUGUACUGAUCGUCUUUGGUUUAUGUAACUCCUGAAUUUUAAAUCUGUGGAUUACCGAAAAAAAUCGACUAAAGCCGUUUGUUAUGGGUUCUCAACUUCGGUGGAAGAUUAAAUCCAGUGUUAUUCUUAAUUAAUCUUCGGAUUUAAUGCCUGUAUACCGAAUGAUCUUUCGUACAUUUUUUUGGAGAACAGAAAACACACGAAGUAACGGAGACACAAUGUUGUAUCUAGAGUUUUAUUUCUUGGCAAAGAAUACAAGGGGCAUUUUCCUUUUUUUUAGCCCUGGUACGAAGACACUGUUUACGAGUAUAUACUUUUAUAGUGGAUCCAUUGCCUGUACGGCCACAAACACUAUCUUGUGCACACUAAAACCCUGUCAUUGCCGUAUUUGACAUGUAGCGAGAGGUUGGAUUUGAUUUGUCAAAUAACUUUAUGCGACAGGGUUCUUAGGUGUGUUUACAUAAACAUGUCAUUAUAUAGUAGUUGACUUGCUUGCCUGUAGGCAUCUCUUCAUCCAUUUCCAAGACUGAUUAUUCUAAAUUGACAGCUUUUCUUGACAUUCCUUUUUUGAUUGCAUUUUAUUCCAAUUUGUGGACAUUUAUCUUUUGUACGUUUUUGUUCGAGCGUCAGGUUGUGUUAUUAGUCAUUAAUUCAUAAUCAGGUAAACCUAUACCGAUAGAGGAAUCGCUUCCUUUCUGACAUGGUAGACCAGCAUAUAGGCGACGGGAUUAUCAACUCACCAUACUGUUCAUCAUAUCCAUCUUAGGACUUCACGUCAAAAGUGGCUGCAUAUCUUCUUAUUACUUCUGGGUCUGCCGCGGCGGUCGUCAGUUUAUGUAGUCAAUAGAAUCCACUGUUUUUUACGCGCACCUAACCCAUGUUAUGCAUUUCUUUGUCUUUGCAUUGUAGACAUCUGUCAUUCCAGAAAAAUAGAAAAAAGAUAUCAUAGUCGACUAAGUCACGAACGUACUGAAAUGCCCAACAACAAAUGUCAAACAUUACUUUUGUUAAAAAAACAUCUCUUGCAGUUGCAGCAUUCGUUUCCUCUUUGGAAUACUCCCGGCUCAUUUCAUUCUAAAGUUAUGCUGGCGUCUGCCAUUUUACUAUUCAGUUUUAUGUUCAACUGCCGGCAUUUUUCAACAUUUGUUUUUGGGUUGCUCGAACAAAAAAUACAAUUCAAAAGAUAUAUGUCGAGAUUCCAAGCGUAGCGUUCCAUAGAUUUGCUAGAAAAGUUUUCACUAACUCUCGAAGACUGAAUUAUUGAUGGGAAGCUUUUGCUCUGUUGAUCGUGUCAACAGCUGGCUAAAAGCAUUCGUUGGUUAAAAUGAAAUCUUAAUUUGGCCCAGUUGUACUAAAUAACUUAGGCUAAUAUAAUAUCAAGUAUAAUCAAAUAACGAUGUUUUAAAUGAUCAUCGUCAUCUACCUUUUAGCGUUAUUCAGUUUCUCACAUGGUCCGGUUACCUGAAAUUUUAACAGGUCCGGUUUUAUUCAUGUUUUAUUCAAAGAUGAAAAACCUUGUAGAGAUUUUUAUAUUUUUGUUAUGUAUUCUCUUGACUUUAUUAAAAAUCAAUUCCAGUUUAUAUAAUUGUAUUUCGGCCUAAAAACUUGUGAUGUAUUUUAAGCGUUUAUAAUUAUUAUCAUUUUAAUCGUCAUCGUCAUUCCUAAGUACAACUGGGACAACACAUGCUAGACUUCCAUGAUUAUUUUUAACAGUUUGAAAAAUGUUUUUACUCUUAAGGCAUGUGACUUCGACAUCUUAAAUAAAAAAAAUCAUGAUCAUUUAUAUCGUACUAAAAUGUUUGACUUUAUCACUUUAAGUUAUUAUAAUUUUAGUUGUAAACGAGGCUGUAUUGACCGAUGUUUUCCACCUUCUUUCUAGCAUAUCUUUUUUCUUAUAAAAUAGACGCGAAUAGUUCCUACAUAUAUUUUUUUUGUAAACCGUUAUAUAAGAAUAAGUUUGCCUAAGGAUUCUUGGGAAUUUUCUAUGCAAGAUACUGUGUUUUUAUCGCAGGAAUUUAAUUUUCAUAUUGCAGGCAAAAUGUUCACAAACAGCCAAUCCUCUUUCAAGAUACAACAAGAAAUUUCGCUAGAAGUUCCUCACUUUAUGUUUUGGAAAUUUUACUGUUUUGUUUGUAUUUCCACUCAACCACUGAAUUCGACUUUGAGUUUGAAUUCAGGUUUAGAUCGUAAAGAAUUGAUAUAAUGUGGUUUCCAAGAUUUGUGCCCAGUUAAUGGCAAUAGCGAACGAUGUUGCAUAGAAAAUUCUUGCCCAAAAUUCCUAUGGAUACAAACUAUAGCUUAGUAGCUAUAAGUUAUGUUACAAUUCAAUUAAGUUACUGGUGCUUUUUAGCUGUUUUUUUUUUUAUUUUUUAAUGUGACUAUUUAUUUUUUUAUCGGAAUUUUUUAAGUCACCAAGUACAUGACAAAGUUUUUUAGCGAAGUAAUUUAUGAAAUUGAUGGUUUUUAUGCAUUUUUAUGAAAUGAAUCGUGUUCAAGUUAAGUUGUAUUGUGAUUUUAGAUGAAUACUUGAUGCUUACUUAUUAUAACUAAAUUAUAGAAGUAUUUAAAAUUAUAAAAAUUUGCUUCCAAAUUGUAAAAAAAAACUAUAAUUCAAAAAAUGGCCCCUAUAGAAGAUGUGUGUGUUCAUUAAUUUAAACAUUGAAAAACUUUUUCUCUUAAUUUUUAGCGGAAUUUGGCAAUUUAAUGCCAUGCCAUGCUCCCUCGAUCUAUUUUCAAACAACAACAUCAUUUUAAACUAAUAUGUUUAAACAUAGUCUGAAAAAUACCAAGGGGUCUAGCCAAGUUCAACUUUUCGAGCGCACGA